CGUGAGUGGUAGUUGACAGGAAAGCGGAACUAGCUAACUAGCAAGCUAGCAGCACUUCAGCUCGGUUUACGAGUUACCCCCGGAUCCUGUGCUGUGUUUACGAUAUUUGAGCACCUCAGCGACUUUUCCGACCAUGCCACAAAAUAUCGAGCUCGGUGCCACAGGGGGAGCCUCCAAACAGGACAGCAGCAAAAUGGACGACAUGACAGUGGAACAGAUGACAAUGAGGGCCAACCAAGUGACUGAUGAGUCACUGGAAAGCACUCGGAGGAUGUUGCAGAUGGCGGAGGAGAGCAAACAGACUGGCAUCAACACCAUGGUGAUGCUUGAUGAGCAAGGAGAGCAGCUGAAGCGUGUGGACGAGGGCAUGGACCAGAUCAACCAGGACAUGAGACAGGCUGAGAAAAACCUGACUGACCUCUCCAAGUGCUGCGGCCUCUGUGUCUGCCCCUGUGACAGAGUGUCGUCAAUCGAAGCCGAUUCCCGAUACAAACACACCUGGGGUAUUGGAGGAGGUGACGGCGAAGUCGAUGCCAAUGGCUCAAAGGUAGUCUCAAAGCAGCCCCCGGGUGUUCGCAAUGGCCAGGCUGCACAGGCGAACGCCCAGGCACCGUCAGGUCCAUACGUCAAGAGGAUAACCAACGAUGCACGUGAGGAUGAGAUGGAGGAGAACCUGGAGGCGGUGGGCAGCAUCAUUGGCAACCUGAGAACUAUGGCUGUGGACAUGGGCAGUGAGAUCGACAAGCAGAACAAACAGAUCGACGGCAUCAAUGCCAAGGCGGAAAUGAACAAAGUUCGUAUCGACGAGGCAAACCAGAGAGCCAACAAGCUCAUCAAGUAGACAAGGAAGCCUGCUUCUGCCAGUUCUAUCCAUCAACCUUGAGCCUCUGUCGCCACACUUAUACACACACUGCAUACCUGUGCACAUGCACAAACACACAGUCUUUGACAUAAAAAAAUGUAUGAUAACAAUCAAUCCGGAAGAAUAGUUUUGCCAGCAGUGUGCCUGCUUUACUGCACAAAGAUGUAAGUAGUAUACAGAUAUAUACAUUUUAUAAAUUAACCUCCAUUGACCAUUAUACCCUUUGACACAUGUAUUUAGGUCAUGCUGGAUUUUAAGAAGCAGGAUGGGCAUCAGAAACUGAGUGUCUGACUGCCUAUGACUGCUGUUUGAUACCAAAUAUGCACCAGGCCUGUUCUAUCGUAUCUCAGCAUUCACAGGAAGGGAAGAAGCACAGGUCAGCUGCUUUCCUCUCUCACUUUUUGUCUUUCUCUUAAAGUCAUGAACUAUCGUCUUUCUCUUGUUGUGUAUGCGUGUCUCUGGUUUGUAUGAAUGAGGUCCACACUCAUAAGCUGUCUAGCAGUGAUAAACAGCCCAGCGUUAAUUUAUGUUCUGCCCCCUUUUGGUCUUAUCUUAAUACAGCUACAUCUAGUUUAGUCAUUAAACUUUAAUUUUUGGUCUGAAACAAAUGUAUCUCCCUUAAAUUGGUUGAAUGUGUAAUUAAACUUUAUUGUAUGAUAUGUAUUGUUAUUAUUAUUAUUAUUAUUAUUAUUAUUAUUAUUAUUAUUAUUAUUAUUAUUAUUAUUAUUAUCAGUUAUUAUGAGAUGACUUGAUUAUUUAAUUAUUCUCCAUCAAGCAGAAAUGACUUGUGAAUAAAGUUGUCAUUUAUGCCAUUUCAAACAUAAAAGCUGUUUCAUGAAAAAAAAACAAUCUGAAAUGUGCUUUGGAGUCAUGGCAAAUCCUUUCAUGCUGGAAUUCAAAGCACCUGCCCCUGAAUAACAGCAAUUUGUCUGACUACUGAGAAGUCACGGUUGUUGCAAGUGUUUGCGAGUAAAUUCUGUGAGGCGCUGACCCGGUGUUAGAAAUUUUAAUAUAUAGCAAUCGCUUGUCCUUGUCAAAUGUGAUGGAGAUUUUGGUAAGGUCAGUAAAAGAGGAAUGUACGUCAUUACCUCCUCCAAGGCAACUAGUUUAGAUAACAAUAACACUGAAUUCAGGAAACACGUUACUGGUUGAAUAACAGAUCAAAUGCUGUAAUUCAUAUUUAGUCACGUGUGAGGUUUUUUUUCCACUCUGACCGCAGUGUUUGUGUAAAUACUGAAACCGUGUAGUUCUGUAUUAAUUGCCUAUAGUCAUUUUGUUAAUCUAAUUUUAUUUCCCCUUUCUUCAUUAUCUCCUGGUUAAUAGAGAUUUAUAGCAAGAGGAGAUUUAACAGCCUAUGCAGGGUUCCUUCACAAGUCUGGUAAUGUGUGGAAAAUUACCUUCCUCAAGUUUGAUAAUUGCACAUAAUUGUCUGUAAAAGUAUGAAAACAAAUAUUCAGUACUAAAACACACGGCUGUACUUUGUUUAAUCUACUAUGAUUUCUUGUAUGAGCCCAUAAGGUCACCGUCAUUAUGGCAUAUGCACCAGUUUCAUAGUAAUUAAAAUAAUCCUAACAAUUAAAGAAAUUAGUCGGAAAAAAUAUUUGAAUUCGGAAAUGAACGUGCAGGAACCCUGUCAGUGCCUUUAUAGAUGGUCCAUGGCUGUGUUCUAACAGCCACAAAUAUCUCCUCCAUCUGUUCUGUAAAUAACCACUGUUCACAGCAGAGCUACAGUGAAAAUGAUAAUAUCUGGUUGUGGAAAGAAUCAUUUGUUUUGUGGAGGCCAGAGCCGGGGCUGAGAAAUUACUGCUGGCAGCAAGAUGCAAAAGUAUACAUGUAAAUGAACGGUGUUCAACGGGUAAAUGCAGGAGCCCGAGUAAGACCUGGCAGGCUCGGUUAAGGCCACGCUGUGGAAAAUUGGCUAAUGAUAAAGUAAUGCUGAAAGUAUCUCUGGAAUGCAUCUUCUUGGCUUAUUUGUUUUGGGGAAAAAUGAUAAUUUGUAUGCUCUGCUGCGGGCGAACACCUAUUGAGUUUGUAAAGAUUGGAAUGAACUGUUAUUCAGGGCUUUGUAUUGCUAUAAGUGAUCAUCCUCAGACCGUUACUUGUCAGCUGAGAUCUAAUUAGUCUAGCCUGAGGCUGCCUCGCUAUCUUGGGGCUGUUUAUUCAUUGUUGCACCAACAGCCACUGGAAUGUAAAUCCGACCAUUUUGUCUAUUUUGAAUAUGUUUAUAUGCAGCUCGUCUUAUCUUGAAAUUAGCUUGGUUAACGGAUGAUUGUCCAACAAAGUGACGAUGCCUUUUGUUUCAGGCCUGCCUCUGUUAUAAUGUUUGUACUCAAUAAAUCUGUUUUGAAAUUCA